CUGCGCUCCUAUUGGUCAGUCAGGCCUCUACCCAAAUGUCUGGAACCUCAGUUCUGUCACUAGGCUGGGGAGCUGGGGGUGGGGAAGAAGGAAUGCAAGAGCAGAAGCUGAUUGGUCAGCCCACUUAAUUUAGUCCUCCCGAGGAGCAUUUCUGAUUGGUCAGCACGCUGCAUCCAGGGCUGCCGACCGCGGGCUGCUGAAGAGAGUCUGAGGUUCAGAUCUGGAAGCUCUAAGGGAAGCGAAUGCUGCUUCUUGGCAUCUGUACCUGAUUGGCCGUUCCCUGGAGGACCACCAUCCAAUCAGGAGAAGUCUGAAGAGGGAGGGAGCGCGCCCCCUGUAGUCUGCAUCCAUCUAGUGGACAGGUCGGACCAGGGAAUCUUGCUGCGAAAGUCUCCCUGCACUGUGCCUCGACUCAGCUCCGGGACAGUCAAACCCCACUGCACUGGGGUCGGGGGGAGAGUCUGUUGUUAAGGGCCGGGGAUCCACUUUCCUCCUGGUUUCCUACUGGGCCUGAGCAUCAAGAGGUGGCACACAGGACUCCCCACCUCCCCUCCUGGGGCCGAGGCUGCCCCGCUGCCCCCGCAGGAUUUUCUCCCACGAGGCAGUGUCUCCCAGCCAAAGCCCCCUUGGGGGUUCGGAGUGACCGGCCGGGGCCAGAUUGGAAUACUGCCACGCCUGACUUCAUCUCCAAGGAGUGUGAGAAGCCACUUCCCUGUCCUCUAGAAGUCAACCUCUAUGGGGAGAGCCUCCUAGGUAACUCAUUGCUGCUAAGGAUCCAAGAAACACAGCCCCCUUAAAAGGUUUUGAGUAUACGUUCAGAAAGUUGGUGGACAGAAGACUGCAAAGUGAAGAUGUUCUACUACCCAAACGUGCUUCAGCGCCACAGUGGCUGCUUUGCCACUAUUUGGCUGGCAGCAACAGGUGGCACGAGGUUAGUGAAACGUGAAUACCUGAAGGUGGAUGUGGCGGAGACCUGUGAGAAGAUCCUGCAGUACAUUCUGGUGCAAGUAGAGCCACCUCUGCCAGGUGUCCCCAGGCCCCGAUUCUCCCUUUAUCUCUCUGCCCAGCUCCAGUUUGGUGUUAUCCGUGUCUAUUUCCGCCAGUGCCAGUACCUCGUGGAGGAUAUCCAGCACAUCCUAGAGCGCCUACACAGAGCCCAACAGCAGAUCCGUAUUGAUAUGGUGGAAACAGAUGUACCCGGUCUCUUACUGGCUGACCCCUUGACCACAAUGGAGGCCUUGGAAGAUGCCCCUGACCCUUUCUUUGGAGUGAUGGCCAUUGACCCAUACCUUCCUAGUCCCCUCAGCAUCCCACAGGUUCGACACCUCCUGGAAGCCCCAACCCCUGAGAGGAUUGCUAAAGAGAGCCCUCCUCAGGUCUACCCUCAACCCAGGAAGUCAGACAAAUCCCCCAUCACUGUCCCGCUUCCUGAAACCAUCACCCUUCAGGAGGUAGAGCCAAUCCACGUGCUGCGCAUCGAGGGUGAGAAGGACCUACCAGAAAUCUCGAAUCAUGACCUGGACCUGCUGAUGGCUGCAGAGGAUGAAACUAUUUUGUCUGAGGAAAAGGCCAAGAUCCACCCUUCCCAGGAGCACCUCAGCCCCCGAAUACAUCCUGUCCCAGAUGCUGGAGAGUUGGUGGAAAUUCCCCGAGUCCCUGAGCAGGAAAUCAUCCCUAGGCUGUCUCCCUCACCUCCCCCACGGAUCCAAGAGGUGGCAGAACCCUUCUUAGAGAAGGAACUAGUCCCUGAAGAGCCUGGGUUACCAGUCCCAGAGGAAGGUCCUCCACCCCAAGAAGAGAUCCCAGACAUGGAGCUGCUUCUGCCUCGUAUGCCCAGCCUUUUAGAGUCUCCUGUUCGGGUCCCCAGCAGCCCUGAACUGAUUCUCUCAGAGUUGUCCCUACCACCUCAGCCUCCACCUUCCCGUCGCCGGCUCCAGUUGUAUGAUGAGGUGACCCAGAUUACUGCAGAGGAAUUCCAAAAACAAGUUGUACAAACCCAUGCCCAUACCUGGGACUGUCCAAUGGUGCAGCCUUCCAGUCAGAUGAAGAGCCCUGCAGAGCUGUUGAGAACCCCAGUCUAUGCUGGAUGGCUCCACCCAGAGCUACUAAGUCUCUGGACUCGCUGUGCCCGGGUCCCUCCAAAGGAGUUCCAAUAUCGGCAACCCCAAGAGCCUGAAUCUGUAGUUGAGCAGUUAGAGGAAAGGAGAAAGGCUGAGACAAUCAGUGAAAUAGAGACUCUUCGAGAUGCCCAAGAGCCCAGUGGUCCCCUACUAUUGUCUUCAGAACUCUCCUUGGAGGCUACUGAGGAAGAGCGGUCCCGCCUCAGUUUCAUUCCUCCUGAAGAGAGGUGGGGCUUAGGUGAGGCGGAGGUGGAGGUGCCUGUGCUGCCUGUGGUCCCUGAGCUACCAGAACAGCCUGAACUCCCCUUGCAAUUGGCCCCAGAUCUGCAGCUCCUCUCACCAGAGGCUGUGCAAAGGGCUAUUAUAAUGGAGUUACAGGCUUCGGGAGAAGUAGAUUUCAACAACCUGAUUCCUCCCUUUGCUCCCCGUCGGGUGGCUGCUCGGGUCUUCUACUUGCUCUUGGUGCUGUCAGCACAGCAGGUUCUGUAUGUGGAGCAAGAAGAGCCCUAUGGCAGCCUCCUCAUCCGUCCAGGACCUCGGCACCACCACCAUUAGAGAGGACCGUCUCUUUGGAUGUGGCAGAAGACCGAACAUAUUC